UUCUUCGGCUGUAUUCACGCACACCUGUAACCGAAACACAAUACGGAAACAUGGCAUCCAUCACGCAAGCGUCGUUUUUCGGACUCAACUCCGUACGCUCAUCUGCCACGAAAAAGAUAGCUCGAAGGCAUCAUGGCUUCGCCGUUCGUGCAGGAACGCACUGGCUCCCUGGCACACAACCUCCUCCCUAUCUUGACGGCACAAUGGCUGGAGAUUACGGUUUCGAUCCGCUUCGGCUCGGCGCCAACCCCGAUACGCUGCCAUACCUUCAGGAAGCUGAGCUCAUGAAUGGCCGAUGGGCCAUGCACGCAACUGCCGGCAUCCUCUUUACCGACGCUGUUGGGCUUCCCAAGUGGUGGGAAGCUGGCGAGGCAGCACUCGGGGACUGGAACCUGCAGACCCUGGUCGCUUUUCAGGUUGUAAUUAUGGCCUUCCUUGAGGCUGCCCGCAUCCGCGGAUUCAUGACAACCGGCCAAUCAGGUGUCAUCGGUAACUUCCCAUUCGAUCCCACGGGACAAGACUCUCCUGAAAUGCGCGUCAAGGAGGUCAAAAACGGCCGUCUCGCCAUGAUGUCUUUUUUGGGUAUGGUUUCGCAAUAUGCCGUGACCGGCACUUCCCCUCUCGAGGGUCUGAAAGCUCACAUGGCUAACCCUGCGGGCGUGAACAUCUUCACCUCCUCCGUCGGCAAUGAAAUGGUUGCUGCGAUCAUCUUCGCUUCCAUUGCUCCAUGCUACUUUGUUCUGAAAGAGCAAAUCGAGGAGGGAGAUGAUGAGUUCCGCCCUAUCCCUUGGUAAACACGCAUCUCAAAGAAUGUAUAGAUGUUCCUGGCAAGAUCUGCUAUCUGCGCGUUUGCCCGAGGACAUCGCACACGAUUAGCAUGCUAUUGAAAUACCCAGACAAAAAUGAUUUUGUGGCGUGCCCGGGUCACAUCAAGGCCCUCCGUUGGGUUACAAAACUGAAAGCGUUAGUUGGAACCAACCAAACUUGUUGGAACUUCCAACCAAAUUUGCUCCAACCGUUUCCUGUGCGAGCAUUACAACAGUCUGCGCACAUAUUGUAAAGAAUUGUCGCCAGAUGUGAAACUAACCUCGGCAUGGCGCUAUUUUUUCAGUUACUAGGCAAGAGCGUGAGUUUGUGCUCCUAUGGGCGACUCGUGUGGUUCUCGUGAACACCGGUUGAUUUUAGAUUAAAUAUGUCGCCCCUACCUC